AUGGAACAUUCGUUUAUUCAACUGAUCGAUUUACCGGACGAGAUACUUGUGAAUAUUUUCAAGAAAUUAAAUGAUGUUGAAGUACUCUAUUCUUUAAUGGGUGUUAAUCAACGAUUGAGUAAAAUUGUAUGUGAUUCAAUGUUUACUAAUCGUUUAACAUUAUUGAGAUAUUUAUGGAAUGGUUUUAUCUUUCCAUUAUCUCGAAUAGUACUUGAUAGAUUUUGUUUACAAAUCUUACCUGAAAUUCAUCAUAAAAUCCAGUGGCUUAACCUUGAAUCAUUAUCGAUGGAACGUAUUUUAUUUGCUGCCGAUUAUCCUAAUUUACGUGGACUUGGUCUGUAUAAUAUUAAUCAGAAGACUGCUGUACAUUUCUUUAUGGGCGAACAGAUUUUAACUCGUACAUUCAAAAAUCAAAUUUCAACAGUUAUUAUUACAAUCUCAAAUAAGAAAGAAGAUUUAUCAGCGAAAAUUGAGAUAAUGACAGUGUGUUCACAUAUCUUUACUGCUUUUCCUAAUCUACUCUAUUUAAAUUUUCACCAAUCGUCAGAUAGACAAAUUGAUCGAUUAUCAUUUGAUUGUCAAAUUCCAAUGUUUUGUUCAACUUUGUUAGAAUUACAUAUAAAAGUACAACGUUUCGAUGAUAUUCUUUAUUUACUCGAUGGUCGUUUCAAUAAACUUUGUAUUUUCUAUGUUGAUGUUAUUAAUAUUGCUUGUACUCGUACUUCAUUGCCAAUGAUCAAUAAUAACGAAAGAUUAUCUAAUAUGAAAUGUUUUUCAAUGACAAGUUCUUGUGAAACAUGUUUUUAUGAUGAAUUAAUUGUACCACUUCUACAACGAAUGUUAAAUUUAGAAAAGCUUGUUUUGAAUUUUGCAGCCAAUUGUCAAAAAACAUUUAUCGAUGGGAAUAAUUUAAAGACAAAUAUAUUCAACCAUAUGUCACGAUUAAAUAUAUUUACAUUUAAUAUUCGUUCAAAAAUAUCUUUUUAUGAUCAAAUGAACUUACUCUCAAAUGAAGAUAUUAAAAAUACAUUAACAAAUCUAGGAGAUGAUUAUAAAAUAAAUUGUUGUGUUGAUUAUUUUCCAAAAGAAAAAACUGGCCAAUGUCAUAUUUACUCAUAUCCAUAUUCAUUAACAUAUUAUGAUAAUAUUACAAAUAAUUUUUCAGGUGGAUUAUUCAAAUAUGUUCACAACGUAUCACUCUUUGACGAACGUCCAUUUGAACAUGAAUUUUUUAUUCGAAUUACUCACGCAUUUCCUUUUCUUAAACAAUUAACUAUAAAUAAUUUAACACCACAAAAUCAUAAACAAUAUGAAAACUUAAACAACAAUCAAGAUUUGCCAAUCAUUAAAUAUCCUUAUCUUACUGAACUCGAUUUUAUUGAUGUUCAUGAUGAUUAUAUCGAGCAAUUCUUAGUCAAUACCAAAACGUAUCUAUCAAAUUAUAUUCAUACAAUCAUUGAUUAUAAUUCUUUACAGAGAGUAACACACAAUUUUACAAGAGAGGCAACACGAAUCAAUUGUUAUAAAUUCAGUCGUCUAAUUUUUUGUGAUGUAUUGGAUCUUCCAAAACAUAUUGUAGACUAUUUUCCUCAUGCAGAAAUAAUUAUUUUCUGA